GCCAUCUUACAUCAAGUAAACAUAUUUUUAAUAUCAUUGUUAUUAUGACUGUAAAACAAUGCGCGUCCUAAUAGAUCAAAACAGCACCUGUUUGUUGUUUGUGUGACGGGACGCAGAUUUGAUUGGACAGACUGUUAAUCCUUCAAAAGUUUCGACAGGUCAAAUAGGCUGCAGCAAACUCUAACGACAAGGGACGCGGAAAAAUCCUACAGUCAUAUUUGCUGACAGAAUGAACAUCAGGAGAAUGAAUCCACUGCCGGUUGGUGACAAAGACUGUGAACUGCGCUUCCACAUCUCCAUGAGCAGCUCGCCCUACGGUCAGAGCCUCGGUGAAGGAGUUCCCACGCACCCCUACCCUGAAUUAACAUCGGGCCAUCGCAUAAUCGAAGAGACAGCAUCGAAGAUGGACAGAAAAAGUUUUCAGUGGUUGGAAAAUGGAUUUCACGGAGACUCGGUGCCCAGCAGCGGAACAGUCAAGAAGCCCAGAGCGCUGCGGCUGCUUAACAAUGCGCGUGAACGGAGACGCAUGCACGAUCUUAACGACGCGCUGGAUGACCUGCGAGCGGUCAUACCGUACACACCGAAUGAAAACGUGAAAAAACUCUCCAAGAUAGCGACGCUGCUCCUGGCCAAAAACCACAUCCUGAUGCAAGCCCGGGCCUUGAAGGAGAUGCGGAGGAUAGUUGAGCAGAACAUUACACGGAAUAUCAUUAUGACACCACAUAUCUUGUCAGAUUGAGUAUUUAGCCUAUGUAAAUAGUGUAACAUGAACACUGUAAAUAAACUGUGAAAAGGGAUUCCUUUUUCGGAAGAAUGUGAAAUCUGAAGCCUCUUCCCAUUUUUUGUAGCUUAUGUUUUAGCUAUUGUGAGAUUGUAAUCAAAAUAAAAAUGACAUUUUCAAAAGGAAGGAAAAGUAGCCUGAGUUUUUUUUUUUUUUUUUUAUGUCGGCCUGUUUAUUCAUUUCAUGUAUGAAUUUAAAACAUGCCAAAUCAGAAAAUGCAUCUAAUCUAUAGAAGAGCUUAAGCAGCUCAACAUUAAAAUGUAUUUGUGGAUGUAUUUUGAAAAAUGCAAAAAUAGAGAAUAGUUUUUAAAGCAAGAAAACCAUGUGUUCCACAAAAUAAUUUUCUAUGGUUGUUUUAAAGCAGGGUGUUAAAAAAACGGAAACCAUAAAAAAGAACAAUGGAAACUUGUACACUAUGGAGAUAACGAAAAAUAUAAAAUCUGGGUCCAGUUGCAUAGGAACUAUGGUCAGACUGCUUUGAACUAGUCUGUAAGUCAAGGGUUAAUGUGUUUGUAAUUUUUUAGAUCCAAAUUAGACAAAUAUAAUUUUUUGUUUUGUAAAAGACUUGAAAAGUUAUGACCAGUCUUAAAGAGAAAUAUUAAUUUAACCAUUUAUGCAAUCACCCAAAUAUUUUAAUCUUUAUAACCUUAAUGGGGCACAAAGAAACACUACAGCCCCUUUAAGUUGAUGGUUUAAAAAAUAAAUAUUCAUACACUCAAAAUCACUAUAGCCUGCUGAAUGUCAGUCUUUGAUUCAAGUGAUUUUAUUAACAAAAUAAAUAAAUAUGAAAUAAAAUCACACAAUACAAAUAUGUCACAGACAAAAGUUUUAUUGCAUCACCUGUUUUGUCUGAGAAAUAACAUAUGGUGUGGUUCAACCUCAGAUGACAAAAAAAAAAAAAAAGGAAAAAGAAAAUUCAUUGGCUCCUGUGGUCAUCAUCAGCAAAAUUUACUGGCUGUUGUCGUUUUAAUCUUAUGAUGAGUGAAAGAAAACAAUAGAUGUAUUGUACUGUACUGUAUUAUCAAGACAUGUAGCAACAAAAAUGUCCCCCUCCUUCUCCCCCUCCACCAGGGAGAUUUCUCAUCUGGUCCACAUAAUAAAGGUGAUAGUCUCAUUUAAUCCCUAAAUCUGAGACACAAUCAAUUAUAUUCUUCACCCAUAUUUUGAUGCCCGUUUUGGAAUAACAGCAUUGUUAGAUAAGAGGAUUAGGCAAAUUCGAGCUUGUUUUGGGAAGGUUUUAGAAUAACAAGGUAAACCUUUAAAGGUUAUUGUUAUAUCUCUUCAUGAACAAAACACUGAAAUUGCUGGAGAAUUUACAGUCAAUAUACUUGAAAGAUAUUUAGUCAUUAUUGCUAAGGUCGAGUUAUUACAUUUUGAUUAGUCAGUAGGUCAAUUUGAAGAAAGAAAGAAAGAUGCACUGGUUAACUAGUCAUAAUAAGAUCUAUAAUACAUUUAUAAAAUAGAUAAGGUGAAUUUUCAUUUCAAACCGACUGUAAGGAAAACACUUACAGUAAAAAAGCUGAUAGUUUUCGAAUAGGCUUUGAACGCAAUCUGCAAUUUAUAUUAGUUCAUCUUAAAUAAUUUCCAAGCAAAUUAAAUCGAAUGAAAUAGCUAACUAAAUAACUAACUAACUAACUAAACA